AUGCCAAUUGUGGUAAAAAACAGUGACCGUCUGCGUAAAUUGGCUAUCGGUAUAGGAAUUGCAUUAUGUGGAUCAGCAGUUGGCAUUUUGUAUGAUCAAGAACGAUUCUUCCAGCUUGGACCAUUUCGUGUCGUUCGUGCAGGUGUCACGGUACUCUGUAUUGUAGCCGACUAUAAAUGGACUCUGUGGACUUGUUCGGGUAUGGACGCACUGUAUCAUCAGAAACUGAGUGCAGCACACAUCAGAAGUGCUGGAAGACUACUUAAAUUAGCUGAAAACAAUGGUGGUGUCUAUAUUAAAGUCGGACAACAUUUGGCUGCCCUAGAGUAUCUUCUUCCAACUGAAUACACGGAUACUUUAUGUGUUUUGCAUUCAAGAGCACCCGAGAGUAAAAUAGGAGAAGUGCGACAAGUUCUGGAGGAAGACCUAAAUGCCAAGCUGGAAGAUGUAUUCGUGGAAUUUAAUGAAAGCCCAAAAGGUUCUGCAUCACUUGCACAAGUUUAUCGGGCAGUUUUAAGGAAAAACAACGAAGAAGUUGCUGUGAAAGUACAACAUAUCUAUGUAAAACCGAGAAGUUGGGCUGACAUUAAGACGAUCGAGGCCUUAACUAAUCUGGCAUCAAAGCUCUUUCCUGACUUCCAUUUUCUUUGGUUGGUGGACGAAAUGAAACGAAAUUUGCCUAGAGAAUUGAAUUUUAAAGUUGAGGCGGCAAAUGCGAAAAAACUGAAGGAAAUGUUUUCACACCUCGACUAUCUUAAGAUUCCAAAGAUAUAUGAAGAAUAUACGACAGAACGUGUUCUUACAAUGGAAUACUGCGACGGUGCUCAAAUAAAUGAUUGCAAUUAUUUUACGCAAAAUAAUAUUAAUCGCUAUGAUGUUUGUCGUAAACUGGGUGCACUGUUUAGCGAAAUGAUCUUUAUUAAUGGUUACGUUCACUGUGAUCCACAUCCUGGCAACGUUUUGGUGAAUAAGGCAAAGGAUGGACAUGUUUCGAUCGUUCUUUUGGAUCAUGGACUUUAUUUGACAAUGGAACCUGAUUUCCGGAUAAAAUAUUCGAAGUUAUGGCUAGCACUAUUAGAACCCAAUUUAAAUGAAAUUAAGGAAUGUGCACAGUCGAUGGGCGUGGGUGAUCUUUAUGGUCUUUUUGCCUGUAUGGUGACAAACAGAUCAUGGGAUGCAAUCAGCCAUGGCAUUGACAAAUCAUCUGCUACAUAUGAUGAACAGCGAAAAAUCAAGUCAUACGCUGCCACACUAAUACCUGAAAUUUCACAAGUUUUGGAGCGGAUGCCACGCUCAAUGUUAUUAAUUUUAAAGACGAAUGAUCUGUUAAGAAGUAUAGAAUAUCGCUUGGGAACGCAAGGACGAGCUGAUACUUUUGUUCAGAUGACUCGUUGUUGUGUUCGAUCAAUUCAUCAACGUUCUGCUGAAGAGACGAAUUCAUUGCUGAUAAAAGUUUGCGUUUAUGUGCGCAUGUACAUAACGCUAUUCAAAAUAACCAUUUUUGAAUAUUACUUGAUGUUUAUGAAUCCAUUUUAUGCCAAACCUAUCGAAUAG